AUGGAUCCUUCGUGGGGGUCUCCACCAUUUACGUUUUCGGGUUUCCAACAAUCACCUAACGCCUUCAAUCAAAUGUCCCAACUUCAACAAAUGCAACAAUACCAAGCAUUCCAACAAUUCAUGCAACGCGGCUCGGUUGAACUUGAUCAAUUCCAAUCGCAACCGCCAACUUCCCAACCGCAACCCUCGGUUCAACUUGACAAUGAUGAUGAAGUCGUCCCCGAAUCGCCACCUAAAGAACUCAAGCGCAAAAAAAACAGGGGGAAGGGGAAGGCCGUUGAAACCGAAUCCGACACCGCAAAAAAAAGCGGUUCGAGAGCAAAUGCGAGAACGUGGACAAAAGUAGAGGAGGAGGCGCUAGCAUUAGCGUAUGUUAAGGCCUCAACUUGCCCGAUUGUCGGGAACAAUCAAACGGGUUCUUGUUUUUGGAAGGCAUGUACGGAUAGAUUUAAUCACCUUAUGGGGGAAGGCGCGGCCCGUGAUCUCGAUUCCGUAUCGAGGAAGUGGCGGAAAAUGAACAAGUGCGUGAAUGAUUUUAUCGGGAUUUAUAACCCACUUUAUAUUAAUCGUCCUAGUGGGAGUAGCGACAAGGACGUUCUUAACCUUGCAAUGGCUAGAUGGGAAACAAAAAAUCCGCCUUUCCCGCACCUCCGAGCAUGGAACGUUUUAAAGAAAGAACCAAAAUGGGCGUCGAUUCCAAAUGAGGUCGCAACCGCCAAACGGACUAAAACUUCCGAGUCCGGAAGUUAUAGUGUGGGAGGCUCCACCGCUGGUUGUCAAAUCGACAUAAACGACGAACCGGAAUAUGAAGAGGAGCCCGUUCACGAGAUCGAACGUCCCGGCGGAAGGGACAAAGCAAAAAAAGAGGCGGCCGCAAAGCGCAAAGGGGCCGGAUCGAGUGGAGGGGGCGGCUCGGGUGGAGGUGGCGGCUCGAAGGCGUCUUCGAAAAUGGACGAGUUAAUUUCCGAAUUCCGUUCGUUUAAAGACUUUGCGGUCGAAAAAUAUAGUCACAAGAAAAACGUGUCGGCCGACUAUGCUCGAGCGGAGGAUUUUAGGAUAAUGAGGUUGGAUCUCGACUCGGUUCCGGAGGAAGAACGAGAGGUGUAUCGAAGGAUGAAGGAAGAGGUGAAGAAAAAAUGGACGUCGUAG